CGACGCGCGGGCCUCCGGCGGAGUCCGGAUUCGGACCUGCUAGUUCUGGCUGCUCGCCUACCCCGGCCCAGGUAACGCUAAGGAUGGCUGUUCUUCUGACGAGGUUGAUGCUACAAACUACAAAGCUUGACCAUAACUUAAUUGGAAGAUGUUUCCAAAGACACGCUGUGAAGCCAGACCCAACACAGCUGUCCCUGACUGCGUCCACCCCAAAGCUGUUGUACCUGAUUUCUGCAAAAGGUUUUAGUACUGCUGGAGACUCCCAGGGUGAGAGGAAACAGAAAAGAAGGGAUGCUUUUUCUAACACCGGCCGGAAGAUUAGUGAGCGAGUCAUCCGCGUUCUGGAUGAGAAGGGCAUGGACCUGGGGAUGAUGCAUCGAGCAGAUGUGAUCAGACUCAUGGACAAGCAGGACCUGAGGCUGGUGCAAAGGAACACCAGCUCAGAGCCACCCGAGUACCAGCUCAUGACCGGAGCGCAGAUCCACCAGGAGCGGCUAAAGCUCCGGGAACAGGAAAAGGCCAAACCCAAAACUGGACCAACUCUGAUGAAGGAGCUCGUUUUCUCUUCAAAUAUUGGACAGCAUGAUUUGGAAACCAAGAGUAAACAGAUUCAGCAGUGGAUUGAGAAAAAAUACCACGUUCAAGUCACGAUAAAGAGGAGGAAAGAUGCAGAACAGUCAGAGGAUGAGAUGGAGGAGAUAUUUAAUCAGAUUCUCCAGACUAUGCCUGGAAUAGCAACCUUCUCAAGCAGACCAAAAACCAUUAGAGGAGGGACUGCUUCCAUGUGUGUGCUUCGUCAUUUGAGCAAGAAGGAAGAGAAGGCGUACAGAGAAUCCCAAGAGAGCCAGAGAAGAGACACUCUGAGCAAAGACGACGGAAACAGCCACGAGUCGGAUGUUGUGUGUCAGUGACUUUAAUAGGAAAGUGCGGGCUUCUCCAGGAGCCUCUGCUGGCCGCCCUGAAGUCUCCCCGCCUAGCAGACAGUGAGUAAGGCAGCUGGCGGGGGCAGCUGGUCCUCUGGGCUGCUGCUGGACUCUGUGCUGGUGUUGGGCAAGGAACAGUCGGGCUCUUGUUUCCUCUUAGGAGGGAAGUACCCACUGAGGCGAGAGGCCAAGCUGCGUCUCUCCCGAGGUGCUCUUCUUACCUUUGGGAGUGAGGAAAAGACAACUGAGUUACCCGUUACACAACGGGGAUCCACUUCAACAGACGAGCCCCUGAUGGGAAUCACACCCUCAACAAGCAGACACACAGGAUGGGGUGGGUGGAUGGACAGACACCAAGCAGGCUUUACAGCCAAGUGCUGGCCCCCACAGCUGUCACUUACUUUGAGCUUCAUCCUCUUCUUGUCGGGAUCGUGCACGACACUGUGCCUCAUGAGACUCUGCUACAGUGCAAGGGAAAGAAGAGAGCUUGACCUGGGCCUGCAGAGGUGGCUCAGUGCUUACAGCAUUCGCUGCUCUUGAGGAGGACAUGGGUUCGGUUCCCAGCACCUCGACUCCAGCUCCAGUAAAAACUCUUGGUGUCUGUACAGUGUGCAAUAAUAAACUACCAGCUGCC